GAGGAUGAGCUCAGGUAAUGGCACCAGGAGGAACGUCCAGCAGCAGCACCUCAGCAGCAUGCUGGUGGCCUCUGACCCUGAAACCCAAGCAGAGGUACGAGGUAUUUUUAGCAAAGUUAAAGCCUACGUGAGACCACCCAGUGGUGAGUGGAACAUCCCCGACCCAAACGUUGCUCUCAGACACCCGGCAGAGGAGCACCGGCAUCUGCAAGAGCUGAAGGCAUCUCUGAACGCAGUGAAGAACCAGCUCAGUGACAAGAACAUACAAGUGUGGCAUCAACACACCAACUUCACCAACCGGGCCGGGAAGGUGAUCGCUGCCGUUCGCUCGGCUGCCAACGCAGAGAUCUGCACGCAGGCCUGGUGCAAGUUCUACGAGAUCCUGGGAACCUUCAAGCUGAUCCCAGAAGAGGCUCUUCAGAACUGUGAGCUGAACUCGGUCCACCUGUGCGAAGCUCCGGGUGCGUUUAUAACCGCGCUGAACCAGUACGUGAAAACUAACGAGUCCACGCGAUACUGUGACUGGAGCUGGGUCGCCAACACGCUGAAUCCUUACCACGAGGCUAACGGAGGGAGCACGACCAUCGUGGAUGAUCGGUUGAUCGCCAACACGCUGCCCUGGUGGUUCUUUGGAUCAGACAACACGGGGAACAUCAUGAUCCAGAAACACCUGCUAGACAUGCAGGUGUUCGUGUCGAACAUGCGUCGAGUUGAUUUGGUGACGGCAGAUGGGAGUUUUGACUGUCAGGAGAACCCAGACGAGCAGGAGGCGCUGGUGGCGUCGCUUCAUUACUGCGAGGCCGUCGCUGCGCUGCUGCUCCUGAGCCCCGGUGGUUCCUUUGUACUCAAAAUGUUCACCCUGUAUGAACACUCCUCCGUCUGCUUGCUCUUCCUGCUCAACUGCUGUUUCCACUCCGUCAGCGUUUUCAAACCUGCCACCAGCAAAGCGGGAAACUCCGAGGUUUACGUCGUGUGCUUGAACUACGACGGCAAAGAGGCUGUGAGGCCUCUGCUGUCAAAGCUGAUCCGGAGUUACGGACCUCAGCUGGCUGACCGAGAGGCUCUUCUCCCCAGCUCUCUCAUCCCGGAGUCGUUCCUGAAGCAGCAUGAAGAGGUGUGCUCGUACUUCCACAGUCUACAGGUGGGGACCAUCACAGAAAACCUGCGUCUGUUUGGAGGGAUGACCACGGAGCAGAGGCAGCGGCUUGAGCACGUCAGGGACUGCGUGGCUCAAGAAUACCUGCACAGAUUCCAGGUGAGCUUUCUUCCACGAAGUCGAUGGAUUUCUCGUCACUCUGUGAGUCCGGCCUGCUGCAGCGUGUCCUCUGGUCGGCCGCUGGGACAGAAGAAGCAAAUUGGUUCGUUCAACGAGCGGAGGGAGUUUCAAACCCUGAGCUGGAGGCAGAGAAUUGAGAGGAGCUGCCACGGCCCCUGGAUACAGAGACACUGCACGGAGGACAGUGGGACGGGCUGCGUGCUGGAGGGACCUCUGUCCACCUGCCACAUAGAGUCGUGGUACGUUGUUUCUGGAGCAGCACUGCCUGCAGUCAGAAACUCUCCAUUCUGUGAAGGAGGGCUGUUGAACCACCUGAACGAAGCCUUGGUGGACACAGCUGUGGACUGGACCUUCGUGUCCUCCUGUGACUCUUGCCGUCCAGCUUCCCCAGCCUCCAUUUUGUGUCAAGCUGCAGGUGUUUGCGUGCUCAGAGCCAGCGCCGCGGGGAACAAAAAGAAGAGACGGUGUUUGGUGUUUGGCAGCGGCACAUCGUGGGAUCCCCGUGAGAACCAAGCAGAGGAUGUAACUGUGACGUUCUGUGCAGAGCCUCCGUUUCCUCGGGGAGGCUGUAACUUGCUGCAUGACGGGGAGCCGCUGUACCAGCAGCAGCUUUUAGCCUCACUCAUAUUUUCCCUGCAGUCGCUGAGCUCUGGAGACGUCCUGCUGCUGCCCGUGUUCUCCGCUCUCACCCGGGUCACCGCAGCCAUCGUCCUCUGCCUGCACGUGUGUUUCUGCUCCGUGUCGUACAGGUGUCCGCCCCCCACUCGUGCGGUUGGGACGGUGCUCGUCUGCGCUGGCUUCUGCCCUGAAGCUGCCGCGCAGAUGCUCCCGGUGCUGAUUGACGUGCAGAGCUGCAUGCGUGGGCUGUUGGGGGGAGACGAGGACGCAGGUAAAACUCAGCCGUGUGGAGGGGAGCAGCAGGUGCUGCAGUUUGUUCCCAUGGAGGAGCUGCUCACCGCUGGGCUGACAGAGUUCCUGUGGAGCAUGAACUCUGAAAUCAUCCGGCAGAAGCUGCAUCUUCUCAUGCAGUCAUAG